AUGGCGAAAGAUGGUGAACGAACGAUGACGAAGUUCGAACAGGUGCUCAGGAUGGAGCCAUCUGUCGAUCUGGUGUUCAAGGGUCCGUUUACCGAUGUCGUUACGAACAACUUGACACUGACCAACUUGACCGAUCGUGAGGUGGCUUUCAAAGUGAAGACGACAGCGCCAAAGCAGUAUUGCGUUCGCCCGAAUUCGGGAAGGAUUGCGGCUCAUUCCACUGUCACAGUUGCCGUCAUGUUGCAACCUUUCGACUACGUAUCGGAGGAUAAGUUGGCGCACAAACACAAGUUUAUGGUACAGGCGGCUUUCGUGCCUCCGGAAAUCGUAUCUUUAGACGAAUUCUGGAAAACUGCUACAUCCAAUCAGCUUAUGGACUCACGACUUCGCGUAAUCUUCGACAUGCCGGAGCCGGUACGGUCUUUUCUUCUCUUGGGUAUUUUUCGUUGUUUGCUCGUGUCCGAUUCGGUUCAUUCUUUAAAUAAUGGUCGUGAUCUCUGGUUUAAAAACUAUGGCCUUUCAAUUAUCCUUGCUCAUUGUCUGCCUUACUUUACCCAGAGUUUGUUACAGUAGCU